GUUCACCAAAUAAUCUGAAAAAUUGGAGCAGCAAACGAGGAGGAGAGUUAAAAAAGGCCAAAAAGAAAACAAAGAGGGUCUGCUCUAUCUUUGAUACCCAGCUGCUUAGUUGUUGUUAAGUCUCUUGUAGUCUUCUUAUUAUUAUAUAUAUCUCCCCAUUUUCUCUUUUUAUUUUCUUCAGAGAAAGACACACACAUUAUACGCAGCUAUGUUGUUGGGACCAUCUCUGUGUUCUUGAGUUGUUGAAGAAGAUAAUGAGCGAAAUCUUUGAAUUUAUACAACUACAGGGAUGGUUUCGUUAGAUGAACAUCAAACCCAUCUUCAAAAUCCAAUCUUUUCUCUAGAUUCUCUCUUCUGUGAGGAGGGGAAUCUUGAUCAAGAUCUGGGUUUUCAAGAUUUUCAAGAACAAGAUGUUGAUGAGAGUUCUGGGAAAACCCCAGUUGGGAAUGGUGAAGAUGAGUGUUUUACUGGGCUUUUAGAGUGUGAUUUGGUCUGGGAAGAAGAUGAGCUUGUGUGUCUUUUGGCUAAAGAAAAGAUGGUUUCUUUGGACUUUGAUGAUGAGUGUUUGAUGGAAGCUAGAAAAGGGGGGAUUGAGUGGGUUUUGAGGGUGUGUUCUCAUUAUGGAUUUGGUGGAUUGACUGUUGUUUUAGCUGUUAAUUACUUUGAUAGGUUUAUCUCAAGCUUCUGUUUGCAAAAUGACAAGCCUUGGAUGGUUCAGCUUGUUGCUGUGGCUUGUCUUUCUCUAGCUGCUAAAGUUGAGGAGACCCGAGUGCCCCUUCUCGUCGAUUUUCAGGUAGAAGAAUCGAAAUUUGUGUUUGAUUCAAAGAGUAUCCAGAGAAUGGAGAUUUUGGUUCUCUCUUCCCUUAAUUGGAAGAUGAAUCCAGUGACUCAGUUUUCAUUCAUUGAUCAUAUAAUAAGGAGGCUUGGAUUGAAGAUGUACCCACAUUGCGAUAUUCUAAGAAGGUGCGAGCGUAUCGUUCUUUCUGCCAUUACUGAUUCCAGGUUACUUUCUUACCUUCCCUCCGUGAUAGCCACUGCAAUAAUUUCUGUUGUUAUCAAGGAAGUUGAUCCUUGUAAUGCGAUAGACUAUCAGGCUCAGCUCAUGGAUAUACUGAAAUCAAGCAAGGAAAGGGUUGAUGAAUGCUACAACCUCAUUGUGGAAGUAUCUGGUGUUGAUCAAUUUCGGAACCAUAAACGCAAGCACGAAUCUGUGCCUAGCAGUCCCAAUGGUGUCAUUGAUGGAUAUUUCAGCUGCGACAGCUCCAAUGAUUCAUGGACUGUAGCAUCAUCUCUUGCAUCUUCACCAAAACCUCUAAAUAAGAAGAGAGCUGUGGAUCAGCAGAUGAGAUUGGUUCCUUUAAGCCGUGCGGCGAUUGGUGUGCUUAAUAGCCCUACUUGAUCUCUUUAUUACUUCAUAUGGAUAGAUAUUUACAAUGGUAUUAUGGUUGCCCUCUUUUACAUUAUCAAAUGUGUUCAUUAGAUACAUUUCUGAUGACUUAUUAUGUGUAAUGGGGUUCUUGGCAAAACAUGUGGUAGAGCAAACGUUUGUCUUUUGUCCUUCUCACCUCUUUGGUUGAGAAUGAAGAGUAAACUUAAGAUGGAUUUUAUGAAGCAUGAGUUGCUUACA